UAUGAAUACUUUAAUAAGGUUUGUAAAAUCCUUAGUGAAAUUUAGUGCCAACCUCAUAGCAGGUGUUGGUUUAGUUAUUGUAUGCUGUGGAUUGUUUGUGCUAUACAACAAAGUCGGAAUAGAUUAUCAAGGUAAUAAUAAAUUCCAAAAUAAGAGCUCUAUCACACAAAUGCAGAAUGGUUAAAAACACUGCAACAAUAUGUUUUUAUUAUUUUAGGUGUUCUGAUAUUUUUAACUGGUUGUGCUGGGGUAUAUGGAUCAAGGAAAAACCCAAAAUUUUAAAAGAGUUGCUUGAUGUGUUAUUAAAUUGGGGCAUUAACUUUUUUUGUACUCUGUACAGGCUUAGCUACCUUCACUUUGUUAUAUUCAGAUGACGUCUUUGGUAUAGGUAAUCAUUUAAAUAUGCAUACAUAUAGAAUGUCAAGGAACUGCAUAGUUCUAGAAGAUUGAUUCUCAAAUCCAUCAAGCAGAGUAACUCUUAUGUUCCAACCCAUGUUAAUGUUAUAUCACCUAAGAAACUUAUGAAAAUAACAAGGAAAUCUUCAAAGGAAAAAACUAUACAACUUAAGAGGAUUCACAAGUAAAAAUAACAUAAGUCUAAAAAUGUCCAUCAUACUAAGCUGAUUAAUUCACCGCUGCUGUUUCAAUUAUGUAAGCGGCAGAAAGUUUAUUACAUUGCAGCGGGUGGUGCAACCCUACAAAAUAUUAUCUAUUUAGUGAUAUCAAUGAUUUCGAUUCAUUCAUAGGAACUAGUUGUUUCAAAGAAACAAAGGACUUUGUAGAAUCAACAGGGAGGUUUAUGGGUUUUGUGCUAUUUGGAUUGGGAAUAUUAUUUGGUAUGAAUUUAAUUAUGGUCAUCCUAUUAUGUUGUACAAAAGAAAAGGAUAGAAGAAAUGAUCAUCUCAUAUAUGAUUAUUGAGUAACAUCUUGA